AUGGAGUUGCGUCGACUAAAAGCAGCAAAGGGUCUCUUGACGCACAGCCUGUUUGAUUUUCAGGUGCACGAUACUGUCAUCUCGGAGCGUUUGAGCGAAUUGAAAGAGUUUUUGCUGGCUACGUGCGGCGAGAGGGAUCAGAUCGCGUUGCUGAGCGAAAAUAUCCGUGAAAUUGAAGAGCAACUCCAAAGUUGCAGCGAGCGAUUUUUGCUAGAGCCUUUAAAACGAUUCGAACAAGAUAUGGUGCUAUUACUGGACGUGUGGAGUGGCGACGAUCUAGAGGAAGAGGACGAAGACGUAGAAGACGAUAAGAUGGAAGAGUGUUUGUUAUCUUCCCAAGACUCCUUAGUCAGUAUGCCGACACAGCAAUCAUCAUCUCCGUCUCACAUCCAACCCAUUCCAGCGCAUCAAUCGAGGAUGGAAGAUGAAGAGAUGCGGUGUGGCGUAUGCUGGGCUCAUAAUUCGCUCGAAAACGACCCUAUGGUUAUCUGUGAUAUAUGUGGUGUCGCGGUACAUCAGACGUGCUAUCGAUUGGCUGAAGUGCCAGAAGGAGACUGGUACUGUAUUCCAUGUAGACAACAUAUAGGAUGGGUACAUGUGGCCUGUUCCAUGUUCUUACCGGAAUUGUACAUACAAAAUAAUUUUGCGUCACGAUGCCAAGAACCGUUACAGGUUGUAUGUGGAGUAGACAAUCUAAAGGCACGAAGAAAACUGCGAUGCUGCUUUUGUAAAAAGAAUAAUGCAAAAGGAGCAUGCGCGCAAUGUGCGGUAGGGAAGUGCACAGUGGCAUAUCAUGCAUUGUGUGCUCUUCAAAAUGGAAUCAAGUUGCGAUAUCUUGAAAACCAGGGUCAUUUUGGCAGUGGAUGCCUCAAACAUCAAGUCAACUUUCUGAAAAUGGAUACGUUGGAUAAAUCUGGCGUUGCAAAUACUCAAAAUUUGGUGCCACAAAAAGAAAAUGGCAUCAUUUCAAUUGGGUCACGUAAGUUGUCAUGGUCUCAAAAUGACAGUGAGGAUGUAACGGAAGAUAAUGAUGAUCUUGGUAGCGAUAGCGAUCGCGGUAGUUGCCCAGACUCGCUCUUAAACGAUGAUGGUUCGAAUCGUGAUGAAAGUCAUAAAUAUCUGGCUUUACCGUCUUCGUCGCGUCAGCCACUUGGUGCAUCUUUACCUAGAAACUGCGGCAAACAACGACUCAACAAACCAAAAUGUAAGCGUCAAAUCAAACUUUCGUUUGCGUCAGCAAAUGAUAGAUCUACACUAAACUGCCGCUCAAUUAAAGUGGCCAAUGCACCACUAACUUCUAGCUCUUCAACUUACGAAGCCGCUGUUGAUUCAACUCUAUCUUACCCACAGUAUACAGCUGCUAGUGAAGCCAGGAAUGCUGACGCAGACAGUAAUGUUGUAAUACGAGCUGACGUAUUUGCACCUCUAUUCUACCCUUCUAUGAAUGGACGGGAUUGCCUCGACGACAGAAGUCCUGAUUUUGUGAUGAUUCUAAUCCAUAGUCGGCCUCUGGGUCUUGGGGUUGCUUCGUCCAAGCACGGCACAGGAAUAUUUCUUCAUGCCGAAAAAACACGGAAUCUGUCAGUCAUUGCAGCUCUAAAACGCGGAGUUCUUCAAGACGGUGACGAAAUAUACGCACUUAACGAGUUGAGUUUACGCAACACUGAGUUCAGAGCUUUCAAGGAGGAAGUGGUCCCAUCCGUCUCUUUACCUGUUCGUUGUUGGUUCCGAAAGAUUCGAAAGAAAAAAGAUGAAGCAAAUCAUUUUCACUCGUACAGUUCAGAUCAUGAAAAUGCAGCUUCCGCUAUACCAAUCAAUUCGCACGAUAAGCAAAUUCAUACUUCGCCGGCGACUGCAAGUUCACAUUUUGAGGCUAUUAAUCCUACAAUACAUAGCAGGCAGGACAUUCGUGAUGGUGAUGCCACGAUUGCUUCCCUAGGUAUCGAUUGGCCGUGGAUUUUUCUUCGGUCGGACGGCAAGGUGGCGAUGAAAUUGUUCUGGAAGUCUCUAGACUCGGCAUUUUUUCUCCGAAACCUUAACAAGCGUACACUAUCGCAGCUUCAGGAAGCGACAGAAAAUUUAUGCGGCUUACGGUUGAGGAGCUCUCAUCCGGAGUACGAAGAGGUUCGUAAGCUUCUCCAGAUGCCUCGAUGUGAGCGCAUACCAGCCUUUAUUAUGGAAUUUCGAAAAAAUCUUGAACAGAAACAGAAGCUUUUUAAGCCUGACGUCUUGAAAGAUGUAUCUAGCGAGCCCAAUGAUGCAGAAGGAGCGGUGGGUGAACAGUCACUUCUUGAAGUUGGGACCACAGUUAAUGUGGCGAAGCGUACAUGGCCUGGGAUGAAUAAACUUGGCGGUGUAGGCCGAAUUAAAAAGGUGAACAAAAUUGUAUCGCCAAAUGGCAAAUUAUAUUUCACAUACAAUAUCACUUACGUAUUGAGCGGUGCGGAAAAGAAUGUGGAGCGAAAGUAUAUAAGUGUUGUCGACUUCAAAGCACGAGAGAUAGACAAAAGUGAAGUAACGAGCUCAGCAUCAACAAGUCGAAGGCACAAAUCUGAGGAAGGACCCGAGGAUGGGCAGAAGACAAAGGCGGAUACUAAGAGCGCUAGACUAAUCUUCAAAAUACGCCGAACGACACCAGAGGAUCAGCUGACAGAUCUGACAGAUUCUCACUGUCAAAACCUCCCUAGUCGACAACGUUUUCGACUGCGAUUCUCAAUCGAUAAGUCAACGUUACAAUGCGAGCGAAUGACGCAGGACUCGGGUGUAGCCCCCCCGGCACAAGAACUACUUCUGCAUCGCCACUUCCCAGUAAAGGUAACUGAUGCGCUGGUAAAUGAGUACUUUUCGGCAUUGCUACUAAGCGUGGAAGAUCGAAUUGGGGAUGAAGUAGAUGAUUCUGAUUCUGACAGCGAAAAUAAGUCAGACGAGAUCAAGACCGAACUGACAACUCUGCAAAACCGAUUUUGUUCAGUUAUGGAGUCGAAUAAAUCUGUGUUUUCCAAACUAGCUCAAUCGAUCGAGAAGGAGUAUGCAUCAAAAGUAUACCGCCAGCAAGAGCUUGAAAGUAUCGAAUGGCGUAAUUAUGAGCGAAUGUACCAGGAGCUUUUCAAUGCGAGGCGCCAAUUUGCUGACAGCGACGAGGACGGGUAUUUGAGUGGAGAUGGCCAGCAGCCUGAUGCUUUUGCAAAUACAAAGAGCACAGAUGGGACGAACAGUGACAAUGAAGAUAUCUCGUUUGGAGGAAUGUUUGUGAAUAAAUUAAAAGAAGAAGGCAGCGAAGUGUGUGCGCUUUGUGAACUUAGUGGUGGCGAUUUUACUCGCACAGAGUGUGGUAAUGUUGUGCACCCUCAAUGUGCAUUGUUCACACCGGAGACUUUUUUUAAAGAUGGAGUCGUGCAUGGUAUGAACCUCAUCGACCCACAGCGCCGACUGUUAAAGUGUAUCAUUUGCGGUGGCCGCAAGGGACAAAGCAAAAUUCAGUGUGCACAUCGAAAGUGUGUGCGAGCAUACCACGUUUCUUGUGCGUUCGUCAGCGGCCUUCUCACUCAAGAUCCGUACUAUCAGGCUUGGUGUCCUCGUCAUUUGAAAAUUUCGAGGAUGGGGCAAUUUGUAGAGCUUCCGGAUCACGUAAAUAAAUACACAAGCCCACUUUCGUCGACAACAGCCGAUACUUUGAAUACAACUUUGAUGUCUAACCUUGCUCAGCGCAGUCGGAAAAUCAAUAACUGCAAGGACGCAAGAACAGCAGAAGCAACAAAUUUUGCGCAGGCUGACAUUUCGUCGUCAAAAUUGACCAGAAAGCGAAAGCGUAACGAUAGUAUCGGCGGCAGUGGCAAUAAAGACACUCGUGUGAUUCGUAGUAAAAGCAGACAAAGUGCAAUUGCUCACGACGAUGAAGAGCCUCGAUGUGCGAGGCGACUCGAUAUCGAGCUGAGCGACGACAGUGAUCAGGAGAAGAGAGCCGUAGAUGCAUGGCAGCAAGGUCGUGAUCCUCAGCAUAUCUUUAGCAGAGGAAAUGUAGUAGAAGUGCUGGCACGAGACUGGCGUGGUAUCAAUAAACCUGGUGGUGUCGCACGCAUUCGUGGCGUGGAGAUGACUGAAAGUAAAUCUGGCGCGAAAGACAUUUUUUAUGAUGUUGUUCACAUCGUCGGGGCAUUUAGGGAGAAACGCGUGCCCGCGAAGUUCAUUCGCAGCUAUCAGCACAGUAAUAAGUAA